CAGUCGUAUAUGAUUCGUUGUAUUGUAAUGUAAAUGUCAUUUUAUUCUGUAACUCGAGUUAACUGUUUCGAAAAAAUGGAUCUACCAUUCACUGAAAAAAAAAUACGGCCAGUAUUAAAUGAUGAAGUUGCUCGAAAAUUAGUUGAAAAAUUGUAUGGAUUUAAAGUAAAAAGUAUUCAGGAAUUAAAUAGUUAUGAUGACAAAAAUUAUCGCAUUAUUUGCUAUCCAGAAUUUGAAAAUAUUUAUGUGAAAAAUAUUGCUAAUGAAGGAUAUGUUUUGAAAAUAAUUAAUUCGUUAGACUCUCAAGAUAAAGCUUGUAUUGAAGGACAAAAUGAAAUGAUGUUGUAUCUAAAUAAAUGUAACAUAUCAUGUUCUAUACCGAUUCCGAAUUUAUGUGGUUCUUACUACUCUUUAGAAAAAUUAAGAAGUAAAGAUACUACAGAACAUAUUGUCCGCUUAUUGGUUUUUUGCCCUGGAGAAAUAUUAUACAAUGCUAAAAUUUCGCCUGAGUUACUUUUUGAUGUCGGAUAUUUCAUUACUGUUUUAAAUGAAGCACUUAGCGAAUUUUAUCAUUAUUCUUAUCAAAAUCGUAAUCACUUAUGGACUCUUCUUGCCUUACCACGCUUACAUGAUUAUCUAUUUGUUAUUAAAAAUGAGAAUGAUAAAUUAUUAAUUAAAGAUAUAAUUAAAAGUUUUGAAACAAACAUUGUCAAUAAUCUUGAUCAAUUCGAUAAAGGUAUGAUUCACGGUGAUUUGAAUGAACAGAAUAUAUUAAUUAAUUCUGAGCACAAUAAAAUAAUUGGUAUUAUCGAUUUUGGUGAUACUCAGUAUUCAUGUUUAAUCUUUGAAUUAUCAAUUGCUUUGUGUUAUAUGAUAUUGCAAGCAUGUGAUAUUACGGCAGGUAAAUAUGUUAUUAAAGGAUAUACAAGUAAAAAUAAAUUAUCAAAUUAUGAAAAAAAAAUUUUGAAAAUCGCUGUGUGCGCACGAAUGUGUCAGAGUUUAGUUUUAGGUAUUCAUUCGCACUUGAAUGAACCAGAUAACAAUUACUUGAUUGUAACACAAAAAUCCGGAUGGGAUAUUCUUCGGGAACUUUGGCCAAUGAAGGACGAUGAUAUUAUUAAAUUGUGGGGUCUUUGAAAUUAUUUUUUUUUUUUUUUUAAUAACUUUUAUGUUUAUUAGCAUUUUCAAAUGACAUUUUUUUCCAAUUGUGCAGUGAUAUAUGUAUCAGAGGAUUAAAAAAAAAGAUUUUUUUCCAUUCCUUUUUUCCUUCAAAGAGUAGUAAGUCAUUGAUACAAAAACAAUUAUAUUUAAAUAAUUUGAUACGUCACAUAAAUUUUUUGGGAUUAUUUAUUGCUUUAUAACUUGAUUCAAAUUAAAUAAAAAAAAAAUUAUCCUUAUAACUAUGAUUUUGUGGAGAGUAAUGGUAUCAUCGAUUGUAUGAUCAAAUUUUAUUUUUCAAACAGCUGUCACUUCAAGUAGAUUUUUUUUCAAGUUUAUAAUUCAAAUAAAGUCAUACCAUAAACAAAGUCGAAUGAAGUUAAUUUUAUAUUUAUGAAACAGAAAAUUGACUAUUAAUCCCGCUAGUAUUCUCUUUAGGUUUUAAGGCUUUAUUUUAGGUGACACCUUUUUCAUGUCGAAGACUCAUGAUUUUAUUGGGAUGGAAAAAAUUAAUUGAUGAUUUUUAAAUGACCCUUAUACAUAUACUUUUUUUCCAUUAGCAGCCAGUUACAUUUAUGUACAUAAAUAUGCAGUGAUUUUUAAAUUACGGAGUUUCAUUGUAUAAAUUAACAAUAUUAAUCUAUAUUUACUUAUAUUGUUAAAUAUUCAUUUUACA